CCCGUUCUCCUCCCCCUCAGUCAGCAUCCACACACACAGUACUGUGUCUGUGUUCCAGAGAGAAUAUCAGCUCUGCGCCGGGAGGAGAGGAUUAGCGCCAACACUCAGCUCAUCUGCAUACACGUUUUCUGAGAACCACAUGAGCAUCCACCUCUUUUGUAUAAAAACUGGCACUCCUAUCACAGAGGCUGCACUCCAUCUACUGUCACUCCUGUGAGAGGAUUUACUAAGGACUACUGUUACAUCCUUUUUCAUCAUACUCAGUGAUUUUCAGACUCUUCUUAUAGUGUGAAUUUUUUUAAAAUUUCAAUUGUGACGUCUCUAAUACUGGCACAAUGCAAGUGACAGUAUCUGAAGUGGACUUGCCCUGAGCAUCAAGGAGUUUUUCUUUAAUCGUUUUGGACUUUUCAGUUGGGUUUGUGUCUUCAUCUGGCUUUGGGAGACUGCAGCAGAAGCAGCAGCAGAAGCAGAAUGCCAUCUAGAGAGUCCUACGAGGUUUGCAAGGAAGAGAAGUCCCUGGUGCAAAAGGCCAAGCGUGAGGCCAAUCAGGAGGAUAUUUUGGCGGCGGCUCUGGGGAUGAGGAUGGGGCCACAGAAACCUCCAGCCACUUUCUGGCAACCGCUGAAACUAUUUGCCUAUUCACAGCUCACCUCACUGGUCCGCAGAGCCACACUGAAAGAAAGCGACCGGACAUCAAAAUCUGAGAAAGUCCACAACUUUAAGGUUCAUACCUUUCGGGGGCCUCACUGGUGUGAACACUGCGCCAGCUUCAUGUGGGGACUCAUGGCCCAGGGGGUCAAAUGUGCAGACUGCGGCUUGAAUGUCCACAAACAAUGCUCAAAUCUGGUUCCCAACGACUGUAAACCCGACCUGAGACACAUCCGUAGAGUGUACAGCUGCGACCUCACGACCCUGGUGAAAGCUUAUAAUACAGCCCGACCCAUGGUGGUGGACAUGUGCAUACGAGAAAUCGAGUCAAGAGGACUCAAGUCUGAAGGCCUCUACAGAAUAUCUGGAUUCAGUGAUUCGGUCGAAGAAGUCAAGACAGCAUUUGACAAAGAUGGUGAGAAGACAGACAUCUCAGUGAACGCCUAUGAAGACAUCAAUAUCAUCACAGGAGCUCUGAAAAUGUACCUCAGGGAGCUGCCUGUUCCCGUCAUCUCAUAUGACGCAUACCCCAGAUUUAUCGAGGCUGCAAAACUCACAGACCCAGAAAAGAAGCUUGAAGCCUUCCGUGAGGCUCUCGCUCUGCUGCCUCAGUCACACAGUGAGACUCUGAAGUACCUCAUGGCGCACUUGAAAAGGGUGACACAAAAUGAAAACUUCAACCUGAUGAAUGCUGAGAACCUCGCCAUCGUUUUCGGGCCCACCCUCAUGCGUGCACCGAACCUGGACGCCAUAACUGCACUCAACGACAUCCGCUACCAGAGGCAGGUGGUGGAGGUGCUCAUUAAAAAUCAAGAUGUGCUCUUCUAAACACACAAUGGGACUUUUAUAGAUCAGCUGACUAAUCAUUCUCUUGUGUAAAUACUUGAAUGACUGUUUGUAUUACAUUGAUAAAUUUUUUAAUGCCCUGUGUAUGGACUAUUUCUGACCAGACAUCUACCCCCCCACCCCACCCUCUACUGGGUGUGGACGUUGAACCUUACACUUGUACUUAUUCUUUGUUUCCCCAUUUUUGUCGGGGAUUUCUAUAAACUGACAGACCAGCAUGCAUGGUGCGAGGUCUUUGUUUUCCGUUCCUUUGUAGUCGUAACCCAGCAUGUGUUCAAAAUCAUGUAGCGUUGUGACUUAAGUUUCGUCUGUUCUGUAGUAGUUAUAGUUCACGGCUGCCUACUGAGCAGUUAUUUCUGUGAAACUCAAUGUAAAAAUAAGCUACUGAUUUUUAUGAUGCUGUAUUUUUUUAUCUUCUCAACUGUUUUUAUGUAACCUGCAGUUUCUAGAUACAUGGGCUUUUGAGCCUUUCUCUUACCGUGUUCACAUUGGUGCAUAUGCCUGACCUUAACAUUUAUAUUAUGUUAUAAACAGCAUUAUUUGUGAAUUUAAGUUUUACUGUAAUGUUUUGUACACAACAUGUGCAUGAUCACUUUAAUUUAUUAAACCUUCCUGGGGGAAAUGAAGAGUUACAUGAGUCAUGUGACCUGUCAUGAUGAACAUCAACAUUAAAUCUGUGUCAAAUUAA